AUGAAUAUUGAAGAAACAAGGGAUCAGAAAGAUACAUCGAGUAAAUCAAAAACUCAUAAAUCGGGAAGUGAUGAAGAAUUGUUUCCUAAGAGCUUGGAUACAGGAUCUGACUCACCUAAAGGAAAUGAAGCGGUGGGAUUUAUAGAUAACGAAGAAAUACAUGAAGACAAACAAAAUAUUCCAAAGAAUUCAGAAAUGUCAGGAAUAUUUCGAGUGUCCAAAGAUGUAUCGGAUGAUCCAGAGAAAAAAAUCACCAUGGUGGACUUUGCUGGACAGUAUUCAUAUUACGCUUCACAUCAGAUUUUUUUGAGUCCUCGGGUUUUCUUCAUUCUGGUGCUGAAUAUGGAGAAGAAGUUCGAUGAUAAGGUUGGCGAAGAAGUGUGUUGUCAGGAAGGCUCCGUUUACGGGGGAUGGACACACAGAGAUUAUCUUACAUUCUGGGCCAAUUCCAUUCAUCAAUACAGCAGUGAGGAAGCUCCUGUUAUACUGGUUGCUACUCAUGCUGAAAACAAAACAGAACAGGAGGUAGAGGAGUUUUUCUUUGAUAUAUGGAAAACUUUGGAAACAGAGGACAAGUCCCUGCAAGGUCACCUUGACAAAAGAAGGAAAUUUGCCGUAGGUUUCCAUGACAGUCAAAGCAUUGAAAAAAUCAAAGAGUCAAUUGUUAAAGUUGUUCAAAAUCUUGGCCACUGGGGUGAAAAGCUUCCAUACUCUUGGGCUAUGUUUGAAAAAUUCUUCCAGGAAAAGAAAAAGCUGAAAAUUAUUUGUAAAGAAAAGCUUAUGGCUUUUAACCAAGCACUGCCACAGAACAUAAAAUUGGAGAGAGUCGAAGAUAUUAACACCAUGCUGCAGUUUUUUCAUGACAUUAGAGAGAUUCUACAUUUUAACCAGAAACUCCUGGGUGGAAUAAUUAUCAUUGAUGUUCAGUGGUUUGCAGAUGCAUUCAAAAACGUAAUAACUGAUAAAAAACACGCAGAGGAAGAUUUAUAUCAGCAUGCAUCAGAGUGGUGUAAAUUCAGUGAAAAUGGAGAAUUGGGUGACACUUUGCUGUCUGCAAUAUGGGAAAUGAACAACAAUGGAUACAUGGAACACAAAGAAAAAAUCAUGCUCUACAUGGAGAAACUACUAAGUAGGACUUCUGGCUAAGAUGGAAGAUAAGAAAUGGUAUGUCCCCUGUAUGAACAAGAAACCAUUUCCUGCGGAAUGUUUCUCAUCAUACACUGCCUCAUCCAUCCUCUGCUACAUGUUUGAUGUUCUUCCUGCUGGAAUUUUUCAGCGUCUUGUUGCAAGUUGCAUGCAGUUUCCAUGGCGUAUUGUAAAAGAAAGUAAAAACGGAAAAAAACAACCAUGCGUUUACCAAACAGCGGCCGUGUUUCUGUUUGAGAAACACUGCGUUCUGCUUGGAAUGACCCAAUCAGAAAUUCAGUUGCAGGUGUACGUAAUUGAGGGAGAAGUUGAUAUACCCACAUGUUUGAGGAUAAGGGAGAAAAUUGAAGAUGAAUUGCACACUUUGUCCAGGACAUUUCAAAGAAAUCUUAAAUUCCAUAUUGGCUUCAAAUGCAGACCAUUCGGCUUUUGUGACAGUGAAAAAAGUCAUGUGAUCAAGGAAUCCGAGCUAACAGAGCUGCCUUUUUUGUGCCCUUCCUGUCCUGUAGAGAAAAAGCACAAUGUUGACCCGACAGAAAUCCUCAAAUACUGGAAACAGAUGAAGGCAAUCGCUGCUAAGACUCCAGUGGCCUCUGGACAAGACCUGAGGGACCGAUCUCGAUUUGCAAAACUUGGAAUGGCAACAAACGAUGUGUUAAAUCAGGCAUACAGGGAUAUACUGGAGAUGGAGGUGCAACCUUCCGACAUUGAGAGGAAAGUUAAAGCAUCACCUGUUUAUAAAAGAUUGCGCCCAGAACAAGAGCAUCUCUUGCAGGAUGCUAAACAUUUGGGAUACAAAAAUUUUGAUAUCUCAUUAACAUACACAUUAAUCAGAAACAUUUGUAAAACGAUCCCGAAACCAACAAAAGGAAAAUGGGGAGACGAACCCGCAGCAGGAGAAGUGACCGUGGGUGAUGAUAUAGAGAGAAUUAGGUCAAUCCGGAACAGUUUGACUGCACAUGUGUGUUCUGCUUCCACACCUCAGAUAGAAUUCAAUAACAACUGGUCAAUGAUGUCAGAUAUCUGCAAAAGAUUAGAAAUCUUCACUGGAAAGAAGUACUUCGAUGAUCUUAAUAAUAUUCAAAAACUAACCUUAAAGAAAGAAGAUGAGAACACUAUUAUAGAAAAGGUCAAAAUGGAAAGCCAGCAUGAAAUGGUGAAAGCAAUUAUGACAGAUGUGCAAGAAAUUAAAGCAGCAGUAUUGGGGGCUGAAAGCAAGCAUGCUUCGAAUGUUUAAAUGAAAGUGUGAAUUUAUUCAUUAACAAUGAGUUUGAAAGCAUAUCAUUUUUGAAACUCUCUUUACUCAAGGAUUGUGUUUUUGUAUCCCAACUAAACAAAUUGUUCAAUUGAGUUAUUUUGAAUAUCUUUUGGGAAAAUAUUCAACAGUCAUCUAUCUUUUCUUUUGGUGGGACUGAUUAAUAUUCCAUAUGAAUAGAUAAUUAAGUGAUGUUUAUAUGUCUAAAAAGGGGAAAGUGAA